CCUCCUCCCGCCGGGAGAAGAUGGCGGCGGCGGCGGCGGGGCCGGUCGGGCGGGCCGCGGGCUCGUCGGUUCCGCAGCUACGACGAGGCCGAGGUCGUCGUCGUCGGGACGAGGCCGUCCCCGCAGAUGACGACGGAGACCCCCCGGAGAGCCCUGCGCGGCGCUCGGGCCAGCGGGAGGGCCCCGCCGGAGACCCUGGCCCUCCGCGAGAUUUUAUCUUUAGAACGCCCAUCACUUUGGCCAAACACGGAGAAGCUCACGAGGAACAUAAGAGCCACCUGCGAAAGCUGAGACAUGAAAAAUGGCAAGAAGAGAAAACGCCGGAGGAUUUUAUUCACAAGCUGAUGGCGGAUGACCCUGAAGUGGACAGGAGGAGGACGGACGACCAAAAGAAAGAGGAAGCCCUUUUGGUCAGAGUGAGCCACGAACGUUUUCCGGAGUGCCUGUCGGAUUCUGAAAACGAAGAACCUUCCCAGGGCCGUCCGGUCUAUCGGUCAGCUUUCGUCUCCAAGGGCAGCGGCUACUCCGUCGCUUUGCUGGCUGGAAAUUUCAGCUCCAAAAUCGAAAGGAGUCAGAGUUGCAACGACACUCUGGGAAAUCGGUCGAAGAGCAGGCAGAGAUCGGUUCCUGUUAGAACAAAGGCCAACCCUCCCGCUGGUGCCUCCGUUUCCCUCGUGGGCGUCCUUUCCUCCACCCAGAACAACCGCUGCCUCUCUGCUCCGGACCUGACGGCCGAGAAGCGCCUGGUCUCCCACCAGGCGCCCUCUUCGUUCCCCGCCCUGCCCAGGCAGGAGCGGUCCAUCAGCCCCGAGAGCAACGACAGCAUCUCCGAGGAGCUGAACCAUUUCAAGCCUAUCGUCUGCUCGCCCUGCACGCCUCCCAAGCAGCUGCCGGACGGGCGCAUACUCAGCCCCCUCAUCAUCAAGUCCACCCCCAGGAACCUGACCAGGAGCCUGCAGAAGCCCACCACGUACGAAGCCAGCCCUCGCAUCCUGAAGAAGUGGGAACAGAUCCUCGAGGAGCGUCAGGUCAAAAAGACCCUCUCCAAGGCGACCUUGACCUGCUCGGUUCCCGAGCCGGGCGAAGAUUUCCUGCCUCCGAACCUCAACAUUCCCCUCAAGUGUCCUCGGCAGAUGUCCAGCGAUGUCACCUUGCCGGACCCUCUCCCUUCCCCCUCUUUAGCAAAGCUGGGCAGUUCCGCAAACGCUCGUAGAGACUCGGAGGCUACGGAGCUGACCCCCAAGGUUCUCCCGCCAAGACUCGCCGAGAAACCUCCCAAUUCCAGGAUUCCCGAGCUCCCGGAAGCAAAAUCGGCGCCGCGUCUGGCUGGGCCGUGCCUUCACUUCGAUGCCAAAACGAUUACCCGGAAAGUCGUCCGAGUGAAGCCGGCCUCAGAGAACGGCACUCUCGGGAAUCCGGCCGAGCGGAAGCCGCGCAAAUACUGGGACGAGAGCGAACUGCGCCGCCUCUCUAAUGGACUCCGUCUCGAGAGGGGGCUCGGCGAGGAGACCCCCUCUCUGCGGCGCGGACAAAAGCGGCCGUGCAAAACCAAGCACCUGGACCCUUCAGUCAAGCGGCUGAGGCCGUCGGCGGGCUGUCGCAAGGGCCCUCCGGCGUCCGACCCGCUGAGACGGCAGAGACGACGGCAGCGUGGCAGGACUGAGCAGCGACUACAACAGGAGGAGGCCGACCGACGGCUGGCCGUGCAACUCCAGCGGCAGUUUGAGAGGGAGAUCCGGACAGUGGAGAGGCCGAAGGGGCGAGCCGAUCAGUAUUUCUUGCGGUCUAAGAACGCUGCUAGGGCAAAGUAACCAAUGUUCGCAAAUGAAGCGGCUUUUUUCGAGAUUUCCCCUGAAGACGUCGCUCGUCAGCCUGGCAGAGUUCCGGGGAGCAGGAGUUCUCUCUGGUCAGUGCAGGAGCCGGAAGGAGGCUAAAGUCCAGAGCUUUCUGCCCCCCCCCCCCUCCUCCCCAAGCUGACUCUGAGAUUAUCAAUCUCUCUCGCAGCGAAGUCCUCUUCGUCUGUUCGUGUCCGGAGUUCGGACUCGGGAUCUGAGUCGUUUCGAUAACGGGGGUCGAAACGAUGCUGCGAGGGGCGUUUCUAAUUUGAGGAGCAGCCCUGCGUGGCUAGGAAGGCCCGAUGGGAGGAUGGCAGCUCUGCAAUAAAAUAUAUUUGAAUCUAUAAAUACAGGUAGUCCUCGACUUACGACAGGUUGUUUAGUGACCCUUCAAAGUUACAAUAUGUCCGGGAAAAAGCAACUCGGGAUCGUUUAUCACACUUAACGACCAUUGCAGCAUCCCCGUGGUCACAUGAUCAAAAUUGAGACGCUGUCGCGACCGACUCUUGUUUAUGACAGUCGCGGUGUCCCUGGGGGGGGUGUGUGUCACAUGAUCCACGAUCAAAAUUGAGACGCUGUCGCGACCGACUCUUAUUUAUGACGGUCGCAGUGUCCCUGGGGGAGUCACAUGAUCCACUUUUGU